UUUAGUGGCGAAAAGAGCGGAUCGUGACGUCUUCUGGUUGGGGGGGAUACGGUGAGGCUAGCCGGAGAAAUUCUCAAAUCCUGUCAGUCUAAGCCCAUCAUCCCUCGGAGAGAUGUCGACGAACUGAAUUCGCCUCCAAACAGUCUUGAGAAAUCGGCGUGAAAGUCCUCGCCCCCUCGCUUUCUUCAGACACGGCGGAUUGACAGUUAUGAGGGCCGAGGCAUUAGAAAAACUCAGACGUUUCCCUUCUUCGGACUGACCACAAAUCGGCUGACUCAAAAAAAAAUUUUUUGCAACUUCUGUCUAGCGUUUUUGGCAUCGAAAUGUUGCAGAACCAGAACAAGAACUACGAGUUCAUCCUAAAGUCUCUUCUUGCAGGAGGGGUGGCUGGCAUGUGUUCGAAAUCUGCUGUGGCACCGCUCGACAGGAUAAAAAUUCUUUUCCAGGCCCAUAACAGUCAUUACAGUCAUUUAGGUGUAUUUUCUGGAAUAAAAGAAGUUGUACAAAGAGAAUCUUUAUUGGCCUUGUACAAAGGAAAUGGGGCCCAAAUGGUUAGGGUUUUUCCCUAUGCUGCAACCCAAUUUACUGCUUUUGAAUUGUACACUCAGGUUUUUAACUCAUUCCUAGGUUCAAAAUCUCACUUGAGUAAGCUGCUAGCUGGAUCUAGCGCUGGCGCCACAGCAGUCCUUUUAACAUACCCAUUAGACACGAUAAGAGCGAGACUGGCCUUUCAAAUAACUGGGGGUGAGACUUACACUGGAAUCAUUCAUGCAGCAACUUCGAUAUUUCAGCAUGAAGGAGGGAUUAAAGGGUUGUACAGAGGUUUCGUGCCUACUCUGUGUGGAAUGAUUCCAUAUGCAGGCCUAUCAUUCUAUUGUUUUGAAAUGCUGAAACUCUGCUGCAUGAAAUACAUUCCAGAUUUGACCUGUGUGCCUUCUUCGAAUAAUACUGGUGGACUCGUUCUACUAAUACCUGCUAAGCUUGUUUGUGGGGGGCUUGCCGGAUCAAUUGCUCAAAGUAUUGCCUACCCAAUGGAUGUAACUCGUAGGAGAAUGCAACUGGCUAUGAUGGAUCCAGCAACUUACAAAUACGGAAUGGGUAUGGUUCAGACACUUUUAUUAAUAUACAAGGAGAAUGGAAUCUUCCGAGGUUUGUACCGAGGAAUGAGUAUCAACUACCUGCGAGCGAUGCCGAUGGUCGCCGUGUCGUUCUCAGUCUACGAGCUCAUGAAGCAAGCACUCAGAUUGGACACGGGCCUAAAACUGUAAGGCUGAGGUAAAGACGAUAAUUUUUUUACGACUGUAAAAAUUUUAAAAAGACAUCAACAAAUUCAGAUUUAUUGUUGUUGUACACACUUGUAUUUUAAAUUAGAACACGCAAAUCACUUUCAUAUAUCUAAUUAGUUCACACAAAAAAA